ACAAAGGUAAAAUCACUGUGCUCGCUUUCUUCUGUAAAACAAAAGCGAAAAGGUAUGAAAGCUUUUUGCCGUUUGCUUGAUUACAAAGAAUACGAAUACAGUAGCCGAGAAAUCGAGCAAAGUAGCAGUUUCUUACUUGAUUCCAACAUCAAAGAAUUUUGAGCGACUACAUAACCAUGCAUUUUGAAGACGGAAAAAAAAUCAGAAAUCGAGAAUCAAUCACACAAAUUUGAACCCUAGAAAUGGGCGGAAUUCUUGACGGUGUUGCCGGAAAUCUGAUCGGAAGGAUCAUUGAAGCCGCCAGCCGACCGGAGUUUCGUCAUAUCCGACGCGAACUAAGAAAUCUCGAAACGAAUGUGUCGAAUCUCAAGCCCGGACUCAGAGACGCCGAGGAGAAGCAGGCAAACGAUGGGAAACUCUAUGGUCUGCUUAAUCAACUCAUGAACGAAUUUUCAAAGGCCGAUGAUCUCCUUAACGAAUUGGAAUGCGAAUAUUUGAAGUGGAGAGGGCAGAAUCAAAAGAACGACGUUGACGAAAAGGGAUGCCAGUUCUCUUCUUGUUUCUCGUCCAAUUUCUUCGUUCCUUCAACUAAAACUACCGAUAAAAUGAACGGAAUCACAAAGGCCUUAGAUACGAUUGCGGAAACCAUGUCUGAAUUCUCUCUGAUUGAAGAUGAAAAUAAACACAUCAAACGUUUGAAGAGUGAAAUGACUCUGCUGACCUCCAUUACUGGUUCGCAAGCUUUCUCUAGGCUUCUGCAUUUGAAGAAAGAGGCGAUUCUCUCUAAUAAUGUCGACUCCAUUAUUGGUAGAGAUGAAGCAAAAAAGAGUAUCAUUGAUGAACUACUGAAGGAUGAAGACGAUAAACAAAAAUCUCGGCGUAUUCUCUCAAUUCAUGGAGAUGGAGGGAUGGGAAAGACGACUCUGGCCAGGUUAGUCUACAAUGACCACAAAGUGUUUGAUCAUUUUGACAAGAGAAUGUGGGUAUGUGUUUCUGAAGAUUAUGAUGUUCAGAGAAUCACUUCCCUCUAA